GUGGUUAUCGAGAAGUAAUCGAAGAUAUUAAAUUCCACUUAGAGAAAAAGAAAGAAAGUUCUAAGCAAUCCGUCCAAGAACUUACGCAAAAGAAUCAGGGUAAAACCGGGAUUAGAACGGGAGUACCUUUGCUGGCAGAAGGAGAAUUGUCUCUUAAAUUGGAAGCCAAAGUCUCUCAUGGGAGGAGCCAUACUCAAUCCAAGACUGAAACUAUAGAAGGAAUGUUAGAAGUAAAUUGCCCCGCUAACUCCAUGGUAGUAGCCAAAGCAAUUUUGCAAGAACAUAAUUUAGAGAUUCCGAUUACUACAACAAUUUCUUGCUAUUUGACUGAUAAAAGCGGUAAUGAGAGGAAGUACACUUACAAAAUAGAUGGAACUUUUAAAGGAAAAUAUACCAAAGCAUUUGUUAAUUAUGAGAAGGCAGUUUCUUUGGAGCAGCAAGGUCAAGUUGUUCAACCAACCACCUUUCCUUUUAAUCCAGAUAAAUAA